UAUUAUUACAAAAUUGUAAAUCUAAAGCAAGCAAUAAUGAGGAUUAUCAAAUUGAAUUUGAAUUUGAUAACAAUAAAAUAAAUUAUAAUAAUAUUACUACAAUAUUUAAUAAAAAAGAAAUUAUUGUAGAUUUUGAUUAUAAUAAUAAGAUUAAAAUUACUAUAGAUGCUAAAAAGAUAAAUGUAAAUAAAUUUACUGAAACUAAAGAAUUAGUUUAUAAA